AUGUUUAACAUUAAUGACAUGAACAAUAAGCUGAAAAAGACCUCAGUGGCGGCAAGAGCGUCUCAUCGAGGGCAAGUGGACUAUCUGAAAGGUCUAUCCCCAGUUAUGGGAUCUUUGAAGAACAUGAAGAGCUGGUACGCUCUAUUUUUUGCUUCCUUCAGGCGACAACCUAGUGCGAGACAGUAUAGAUACAAAGAUAAUGUUCCCACAAUAAGAAAUACGGUGUUGCGGAAGUUUAGGAGCCGGUUCAGGGAUAGUGAGUUAAAUACAGUGUCUAUACCGUGCACAAGAGCGCUGGAGUUGUGGUCAUUGGGAUCCGUGCAGAAACUCCUGGUAAGUGACAUACAGGCAUCGUUUAAAGGAGCAUCGGGUCUACAACUGAUUCGAGUGAGCCCUCGGAGUGCUGCAGAGGAAGAAAAUUUAUCAAUUGCAAAAUGGGCCGAAGUGGCACCAAUCUUUAGUACGCCUCUUUUGAGAUUGUAUGGUCCAGUCUCUGGAGAUCAUUUUGGAACAUCAGGACGAGAAGGUGAGGCGCCUUUGGAAUUUCAAUAUGCCAUAAAGCUGAUGUCCAAGGAUGGAUCGAAGGAGCUAGGUUUUGUAUCUUGGCCAGAUCCAGCAUAUUCUCUCUCUUGUCAGGGAUUGGGCGUUUCAGCGGAAACCUUCAAAUAUCUGAACGGCGCAGAGUUCGUGAACCCUGUGGACAAUUCUCCGCUUAAUGUUUAUGAGGUUGAUUUUGUUCCUAAGGAUUCUAACGGCAUUGGGUUAUUUCCCGCGUUUGUUGAUUCGCACAGGGUACUUUUUACAGGCCUUCAACUUUGCGGAUCUUUAAUACGUCGUAAGCUCUGUUCUGGGCAGUCGAAACACAGGGUGAACAAUUUACUGACAAGAAUGCCUAGAGAACAAGCUAAUGAAUUGCCACUCGAUAGUUCUUCUAACGAUUUUUUUGGGGAGUGCAGCUUUGCAAACUUGAAAGCUCUAAUGAAUAGGACAAAAAAAUACAAGCUUUUGUGGAGUACAGGCAAGGACAGGAGCAAAAUAUGUCCCGGUGAUAUUAUUCGCUCCUGUUUAGCUUCCAGGCGUGUUACGAAUGCUCAACUUGAGGAAGAAUUUUGUAAGCACUAUAUCCUGUUCAGCUUGUUUUCGCAAACCCUGAGGAUACAGGAAUAUCUAGAGAAAGAAAAGAUCGAUCUAGGAGAGAGCUCUCUGAAUCUAAAUGUGUGCGAUUCCUUCAUUUGGGAGAAAUUUAGAGCUGUUAACACAAUUGGAGAGCCAUCUAAUAUUCAAGAACUGAUUGAGUUCAAGAGCCGAUACGAUGAUUUUUUGGGUUUUCUGACGAGUUAUUAUUUCAGUCUUAUAGCAGAAAUGAAAGCUUCGACAGCUGAAUUUUAUGCUGGCGGCGCUCAGUCGCGCGCAUUAACCGUCUAUAUGCUGUUGAACACCAUUUUACGCGACUGUAAACUUAUCAAGAUGUUUAGCCCCAAUCUGUCGACCUACGUAGACGAAAAGCUGCCUCAGCUGCCAAAGGAACCCGAACUGGACUCGCGGAUAGCUGGAAUCUCUGACAAUACGGGAGUGGGCAGCAAAGUGAGCAGUAUCAUUACAAACUGCAUUGAGCUGGAACAUUUGAUGUACUCCGACAACUUCUCUACAGACGCACCCAUCCAAUUGGAGCCUGUGGCACCUACCUCGGAUUGGAAGCUCGUGAUCAUGUCAAAGCAGGAACUGCCCCCAGACAUGACCAGACUCGUGAAGUUCAACUCAAAAGUACACACGCAGUUCGUCGCCGAUCUCGCAGACGUGUCCCGCAACAGUUUCUCCAUUUGCAAGGCAAAGAAAAUGAUCGACCAGAAUCUCUUCAUCUUCCUCUACAAACUCGAGAGGCCGCGCCGUAUCAGCAGGGAGGACCUGAUAUCUGAUAUAAUCGACAAACUAGAAGAUGCAUCCGCACUCCCCACAAAGUCCGUUGCAGCUCGCUGA